GGGCGGCGAGUCCCUGGACUUCGGCCUCACCUGCGCCUUCUUGCCCGGCCCAUCCGUCCGAGGCCGCCGCCCUCACCUGAGCCGCGCGAGAGCCAGCCGCGGUCCGCCCACCUGUCCCUGCCGGCCUCCGCUCUCUCUUGCUGGCGGGCGGACGGGCGGCUUCCGGGCUCGGCCGAUCCGAAGGCACGUCCCGGUCUUCAGGGCCGAAGAGCGGGCGUCGGGGCCAGCGGAGCCGGAUCGGCCGGAGGGGCAGCAUGGCUUCGGGCUCGUACAACGUCAGCCGCGCCUUCCCCGAGGCGGCCCCGCAGCAGAACCGGCCGGACAACACGGCCUUCACCCAGCAGCGCCUUCCGGCCUGGCAGCCGUUGCUGUCGGCUGGCACUGUGCUGCCUCUCUUCUUCGGGCUGGGCCUCGCCUUCUUGGCCAUCGGGCUGGGCCUUUACUUCACCUCGGAGGGCAUCCAGGAGGUGGAGCUGGACUACACCGGCAUGCCGGGCACCAAUUGCUCCAGGUGCGCCAACCUGACCAACAGCCGCAACCCACGCCGGGCACGUUCCUGCCAGUGCUGGCUGCACUUCCGGCUGCCCACCGCCUUCCCGCUGCCUGUCUGCCUCUACUACCAGCUCUCCAACUACUUCCAGAACAACCGGCGUUACAGCAUCUCCCGGGACGACGAGCAGCUCAGCGGUCUGACCUGGGCGCUGCACCACCCUGCCCAAGAGUGCAAGCCUUACCAGUACAACAGACAAGGGGUGCCCAUCGCGCCCUGCGGGUCGGUGGCCAACAGCCUCUUCAACGAUACCUUUGAGCUCUUCUACCAGCAGGCCAACGGCUCUCUGGCCCUCGUGACCUUGGAUAAAGGGGGCAUCUCCUGGUGGACUGACACCAACGUCAAGUUCCACAAUCCAGAGCCGGUCAACAACAGCCUGUGUAAGGCCUUCAGCGGCACGGCCAAGCCUCCCUUCUGGUCCAAGACGGCCUGCGAGCUGGACCCCAACGACAGCAACAACACGGGCUUUGUCAACGAGGCCUUCAUUGUCUGGAUGCGCACGGCCGCCCUUCCCACCUUCCGAAAGCUUUACGCCCGCAUCCGCCAAGACAACUUCUCGGCGGCAUUGCCCCAGGGCACCUACCACCUGAACAUCAACUACAGUUACCCCGUGCUGGGUUUCCACGGGAGCAAGAAGAUCAUUCUGAGCACCCUUUCUUGGAUGGGGGGUAAGAAUCCCUUCCUUGGCAUUGCCUACCUGGUCGUGGGCGCUGCCUGCCUACUGGGCGGCAUCCUCAUGACCGUGGUCCAUUUCAAGUACCGGCACCGGAAUGAAGAUGACGACGAUGAUUAGGAGGCCAAGCCUGACUUCUCCUUCCCCAGGAUCCUUCUGGUCAUCCCUUCAUUCCUUAGGUGGCAUGGACGAAGGGCUGGGAGAUGCUGGCGAAGGUCAUCCAGAGAGCUGAAAGCCAACUUCAGGGAUAGCAUCACGCUGGGUGGGCUUUGGAGAGCAGUGAAUAAUCAGACCUCAGAGGGAAGUGAGAUUGGUGCCUCUCGACGCAUGAAGAAAUGAAUUUAAGUCUAUUCUGUCACUUUUCUUUUCAGCUCCAUAAUUUCUCCAACUGGUGAAGUUGAUUCUUGGGAAACGGCACCGAAGGAAUUGAGUGCCACCAUUUCUAAUCAUUGGAAGCUUGAUAUGAAGGUUAAUACAACAUUGUAUGUUGGGGGAACAUACUGCCUGUUUUCUUUAUGAAGGGACUACUCCCAAACAAAGUGAUUGUUUAAAUGUGAAUGUUGGAAACUAGCAUCUAACUCGGAUCUUAGAUUUGGCCUGUUCUUAAACCCUGGGAAGAUAACCCAGCAUUUGUUGUUCACACAAUGUUUAACUGUACCGUGUGUUGCUGAUUCCCUGAGAUGGAAUUGAAUGUUUGGGAUAAAUUCAGUUGGCUAACUUACAGUUAGUCUACUGCAGGGGUCCCCAAACUUGGCAACUUUAAGACUUGCGGACUUCAACUCCCAGAAUUCCUCAGCCAGCAAAGCUUGUGGACUUCAACUCCCAGAAUUACUGGCUGG